AUGGCGGGCAGGCCAGUAUUCGUCCUUCCGGGCGACGAAAUUGACGCUUCUUUAAUACCCACACACCCGAAACAGCCUCUUCGGAUCGGACCCGGCCUCCGCCUCGUUCCCCCAAGCGAUCUAGUGCCAACAAUCGCAGGACCACUACUCACUGACAAGAGGAAGAAUUCGAUAUGGGUUGAACGAAGCUCCGGGCGUUACCUCCCCGCUGUUGGCGACCUCGUCAUCGGCACUGUUACACGCUCUACCGCCGACUUCUACUACGUUUCCCUCUCCGACUACGCCGCCAACGCUACCCUCCCACAACUAUCCUUCGAAAUGGCGACCAAAAAGACAAAACCGAACCUCAACGCCGGCGCCCUCGUCUACGCCCGCGUCACCCUCGCCAACAAACACAUGGAUCCCGAGCUCGAGUGCGUGUCGCAGUCGACGGGCAAGUCAGACGGACUAGGUCCCUUGAUCGGAGGCAUGGUCUUCAAUGUCUCCCUGGGCUUCGCGAGGAGAUUGCUUAUGCCCAAGGCGGUCGAGGAAGGCAAGGUCGUCGUUCUCGACGAGCUAGGCGGCGCUGGCCUGGCUUUCGAAACCGCCGUGGGUAGGAAUGGCAAGGUGUGGGUCAAUAGCGAGAGUAUCCCUACAAUAAUCGCCGUAGGCAAUGCUCUGAUCGAGACGGACCGGAAGAAUCUUACUGUAGACCAGCAAAAAAAGCUCGUGCGCAAGCUCAUAAAUACAAAAUGA